AUACCCUCUCCCCUCUGGCCUCUGGUCUACAAAUCAUCUUCAGUCCGACAUCAGCCGCAAAUUACCACAUUAGAGCUAUGAACGGCUCAUCUGGUCAGACCUAUCGCGGUCGCAUUCCACCUUUCCCUAGUAUGAUGCCUAGAAGUUGCCUGAACACGAAAACGCUGGAAGUCAUCUGGGGAACCCCUAGUAAUAUCUGGAAGUACUUUCCACACGAUCUAUUCGACAGUCUCUUCGCGCAAUGUGACGUACAGACAUUGAAGGACUGCAGGUUGCUCUCUAGAAGCGUGUCGGAUGUUGCUGCGAAGCAUCUCUUUUCGAUCGUGUCCUGCUGUGACAGCGACAUGUUCGACAGGGAUGAUCUUAUGCUGGAUCGGCGUUCGCGGAUUGUUUCAUCCCGCUUCGGCAAGCAUAUUCGCUGCAUAUACUGCGACAUGCGAUCUGGAAGCUCGUGCCUUCGAGCGUGGGAGUUGGGACACCCUCACAGCAAUCAUAUCAAAACCUUCAUCCUCAGAGACUUUGGACCUCAUACUGGAGGAUACGCAUACCUCCAAAUCUCGAAACCACAGCAAGAAGAAAGUCGUUCCGUAUACACAAGCGGGAAGUACAUGUCCUGUAACAUGCAUCAGAUCGUCUGCGAGGUUUAUCUCAGCUCGGGCAAUCUCGUAUGCAAACAGCUGGAGUCAACUAGCCCCGUCACAGUCACCUACGUAGUUUCAGACAUCAUAUUGCGACGGAUGAUUGAACCACAUGUCAACGGCAUUGACGGACUUUCGACCCUAGAGCGGAUCGAUAUACCAGCCUGGACGAUCGAUGACUUAACUGAAGUCGAUGUUAACGGCAAGAAUAUAUUCCCGCAAAUCCACCCCCACCUUACUUACCUCGGGAUUAGCGACCCCGAUCGUUACGCCGAAUUACCUUCUAUACCCUUGUGGUGUUUAUCUCAGCCCUCCCUGCUCCGCCAUUUGGACCAUUACGAUCGGCACAGGAUUAGGGAUCUCCGGAUCUUGUUACUCUCGCUUCCUUCCAUGGUGGAGCUCAACCUAAGGGAGUACGAGCCUUUCUGGUGGCCCGUACUCACAUGGACCACCGAUCGUCGAUUCCCGACUCUUUUCCGCGGGCCUAUCCAGGUUCUUCACAUAGCCGUCGACUUUGAUUACCUCGAACAAGCUAGUCAGUGGUGGGGAACGGAGAUAUAUCGAGACGAUAUGGGAGCGGACGGUUCCGGGACUCUCAAGCGUCUCUACCUGUAUGUCCGAGACUACGAGAUGAUCAGACGGAACGACCACAAGAAACCGCUCGACCCUGCUCUAAUCCUAAAAUGGGUCGAGCGAACUGUCCCGAGGGGAUGUCGAGUAUACUUCAGACUGAAGUACCCUGGUGGAAUUGCCGCGACGCAAUGCGCUGAGCUAGAAGAGGCUUUCAAUGAGACCUUUCCCCGAGGCUGGCGUCACGUUGAACCCUCUGCUACUUCGUCGGAUGCCGUCCUGUAGACGUCACCGCGGCCUUGUGCAGCUGAUGGUCACGUACCAUCAUCUGUCCAGCACCCGGCACUAUUCCACAACAAUCCGAACAACUCCGCACCUAUUCACAAACGAUCUCCGGAAAGCCUGGACGCCAAGAAAUGCUAUGUCUUCUGCCUCAGCGUCCUUUCAUCGACUGAUUGAUACACGACACGAUUCUCGCUCGACAUAAAAGCCACUUCACAUCGAAGCGCCUUCGUUCCCGGCCUUUACAGUAUUUGCACCUCAACAAUAACAGCCCACCAACCUUUAAUGAUCUCGGACGGAUCGAGGUCUCGCUUCAACCUACUUUCACCCCAGCUAUCUAUAUAUUAGAUCGACCACCCUCCUGGCAUCUUCGGACCUACCCAUAUCUUUCCUUCCACUCUUUUCUUACCUUAACCCGCAAAAAAAAACCACGAGAUACGCGCUGUCCUUAUGCGAACCCGAUA